AUGUCGGUUCGUAUGGAUGCUUCGCUUUACAGCAAAGUUGCUCGAAUCGAGGUCGGGGAUUUUCUUCAUUUUCGCUGCGAGGAGCUUUCGCAUCACCAGAAAGACGUUCAGCGCUAUUUCUUCGGCGUUUAUUACCCUCGCUGGCAUGCCUUUUACCUCGAGGAGGUGCGCUCGAUCAUCGGCAACAUGGGCCGCACCGUACUGAAGCACUUUCCGACCUUUCCUCUGGAUGUGUAUACUAAUGAGAAAGGCAAUACCUACCUCACGGAUGAUUUUUAUGUGGGGAAUAUUCUUUUAUUGGGCUCGCCCCAUAACCAACGUGAUGACGAUAUUAAACGCUAUAAAAUCAUCUCCAUCGAUAAUAGCAAUUUACGCAGCCAUACAGGGAGGAUGCCGAAGUUCUUGAAUAGUUCUGUGGAUAAUCCAUCGACUAUGUUGCUUUCCACAGGAAAACGAGUUCCGGUGAGGCUGCCGGAGGAGAUUCGCACCAUUCUUUCGCAACUUCGCGAGGCCUACAUCGCGAACAUCGGCGGCAGCAUCCCUGAGAUCGGGAUUAAAGCGAUGGGGCGGCCUUUUCGCAAGGUCUCCGCGGAUGGCCGGCGGUGGAUGAAGUUAUCCCCGGGGAUCGAAACCCUCGUGCGGGAUUCCCACGCAUUCGGGGUGAAUCCUUUCGCCUCCUCGCGGCAUUCGUGGUCGUCGACGGCCCUUUCCAACUCUACCCGAUCGCAAAACGAUAUCCGCAGCGUCGCCGAGGCGAUCUACAACGCCUUUCCCCACGACGAAGUAGACAAUUUUGGGGAGUCGAAAGGGGUGGAUUACGACGUCUUUAUGGAUUAUAUCCGCGGGACGAUGAACGAGGCCCGGAAAAAGGCCGUGUGGAUGGUUUUUUGCCAGCUUGAUUUCGAUCAGGACGGGCAAAUCGCGAUUUUGGAUAUUCAAGCGCGGUUUAACGCGCACGAGCAUCCGAUGGUCGUGCGGGAUGGCCUUUUCACCGCGACGAGCCUUCUCAAAGGGUUUUUGGCGUUGUGGGAUGAAAAUCAGAAACAUUGGGGCAUGAUCCCGUACUCGGAGUUUCUGGAUUACUACAACGGUCUAAGUUCAAUCAUCGAAGAGGAUGACGUGUUCUUUAGUAUUCUCAAGACAACAUGGAAGUUGCCGAGCUGGGGAAAAUCACUUUUAGCGCUUAAGUGA